AUGGCGCGUCUCUGCGUGUGGGGGGUUUUCAGCCUCGUUGUUCUCACCGCCGCUCAGAACACCACACACAGCCCUGACCCUCAGCCCUCCUACCUGCUCCUUGCUCCCAGCACGCUCCAGCCUGGAAUCCCAACAUCUGUAUCGGUCACCAUCCUGAAAGCGUCUCCGGUCUCUGUAUCUGCUCGCAUUAUUCAUGGAAACCAGACCAUAGCCUCAAAAUCUGCUACAGUUGAAGGAGGUUCGACCGAGCUGCUGACGCUGCUGCCCAUAAAUGAGAGCAAAUCCCCCACCUGGGAGUCCUACAUGCUGGAGGUCGAAGGUCACACAGGAGGAGUCCAGGUUUUCUCCAACUCCACAAAGCUGCAUUUAGACCUCAGAGGUGUCUCCACCUUCAUUCAAACAGACAAAGUGAACUACUUGCCCGGGCAGGCGGUGAAAAUCAGAGCGGUGUCCAUUCAGUCUGAUGGGAGGCCCUUCGUCAGCCCCGUGGACAUCAUCAUCAGGGAUCCGAGGGGGAACCUGCUCAGGCAGUGGCCGGCUGCAGACAGCGUCCUCGGUGUCGUGUCCAAAGAGUAUCUGCUGUCCGAAAACCCUCCUCUGGGUCAGUGGACCAUCGUCACUACAGUCAAAGACGUUUCCACUGUGAAGCAUUUCACUGUGGCUCAUUAUGUGCUGCCAAAGUUUGAGGUUGUGAUAGAGGCUCCAGAUGUAAUUUACCGUGAGGACACUCUGGAGGGCGCCGUCACAGCAAAGUACACAUACGGCAAGCCUGUUCAGGGACACCUGAAUAUAACAUUCAUCUAUUACUUUCAUGGUACUGAUGAGUCUUACUACGAGGACAGAGAGAUCGAUGGUACCGAAAGGUUCUCAUUCGAUGCUCCUGACUAUUUCACAAUGAGAUCAGCUUCCAUGGGGAAUAUGGAGAGUGUAACAGUUGUGGCUCAUGUGACCGAACACCUGACAGGCCUUAUGUAUAACAGUACAGUGAAAGUGGCUUUCUCCAAAACCAGAUAUAAAGUUUCCUUCGAAAGCUAUCCCACAUUACUGAAGCCCUCUUUAACCUUCACUACCAUGCUGAAAGUAUCUACAUACAACAAUCAGCCACUGUCACUUGAUGAUCAGCAAAAGAUUGUUGAAGUUUCAGUGAUUCAACUAAAGUACAGACGUUGGAUGGAUUGGAUGGGACACAUGGUGGAAGACCAGGACAGUCAUGAAUCAGAAACUUUGGGAAGCCCAAAGGAGACGCCACCUACAGGAAUGAUUUUUGACGUGCCUGCAGAUGGACUCAUACCUUUCAGCAUUGAGAUCAUGAAUGAAACAGAGGUGCUCAGUAUUGAUGCCUCCUUUGAGGACAGCCAUAGCAAUUUAUAUCUACAGAGAAGCUACACGUCCCCCAGUCAGACCUACCUGCAGAUUCAGAAACUCUCCGCACCUCCACAGGUUGGCUCGCCCCUCCUGCUGCACAUUCAGAGUAAUUUUCCACUGACUGACGUUCACUACAUGGUCAAGUCCAGAGGUCAGGUGGUUUCUGCUGGGAAAAGCUCCUCUAACCUGACCCUGGUCCCAGAGGUCUCCUGGGGUCCUCUGGCCUGCAUCAUCAUUUACUGUGUACAUCCCAGCGGAGAAGUCCUCAAUGAUGCAAUCCAGCUGCCAAUCAUCCAGCUUUUAAAAAACCAAGUCUCUGUUAGAUGGAGCAGUGCUGUGAGGAGGCCGGCUGAGGAUGUGACCCUGAAGGUGAACGUAUCGGAGCCCGACUCACUGGUCGGGAUCCUGGUGGUUGACAAGGCGACGCGUUGGGCGGGAUCAAACAAUGACAUCACCAAGGAGACGGUGAUGAAGCAGAUGGAGGAGUUUGGCUUCUCCAUGGCGGACGCCCAUAACGAUGUGUCACAAAUGGGGGAUCCGUACUCUGUCUUCAAGUCAUGUGAUCUUGUGGUGUUGACUGAUGCCAGUUUGCAUAUGAUGCAUCUGCUCAAUCCUGGAUUUCCAGGGGAGGUAAUGUUUUACAAUGCCAAGACAGAUGAUCCACCUGUAGAGGAACGACGUGAGCGAUUGUACUUUCCAGAGACCUGGAUUUGGAUGGAUAUCAACACAAGUAAUUCCAACACAAAGGAGAUACCUCUAACUGUACCGGACAGCAUCACAACCUGGACCGCCACCGCCUUUGUGAUGUCUGAGAAUCUGGGACUGGGAAUUGUAGAGCAACCAGCAGAGCUCACAGUGUUCCAGGAUUUCUUUCUGUCCUUGAAUCUUCCAGCCUUCGUUAUACGAGGAGAGGAGCUGGUGCUGGAGAUCAUUCUGUUCAACUACCUCCAGCAGGACCAGAAGGUCACCGUCAGUGUUGCACAGAGUGAGACCUUCGAGUUCGUCUUCCCAGACAACGAGCAGCUCUCCACGCCCGGUGUUCAUCAAGUGUUUGUGAAGAAUGAAAGUGGAGCCACGGUCCUCAUUCCCAUCAGGCCACUCAUCCUCGGGGAAAUCCCGGUCUCUGUGCAAGCCAAGUCGGAGGCAGCGUCUGACUUUGUCCGCACAACGGUGCUCGUCAAGGCUGAAGGUCUCGAGCAGUCGUUCUCCACCUCGCUGCUACUUGAACUUUCACCAUCACAGUUGAGGCUUUCCAGAAACGUCACGUUCACCUUUCCGCCAGAUGUCGUGGCGGGUAGCGAGAGAGCUUCGGUGAUGGCUGUCGGUGAUAUCCUCGGCCCAUCCAUCAGCGGUCUGGACUCGCUGAUCCAGAUGCCUUAUGGCUGUGGGGAACAGAACAUGAUUAACUUUGCACCAAACAUCUACAUCCUCCGGUAUCUGAGCGCCACAGGACAGGAUGAUCAGAAAAUCACCGAUCAAGCCAUAAACUACAUGAUGAAAGGUUAUGAGCAGGAGCUGUCCUUUCAGAGAGCAGAUGGCUCCUUCAGUGCCUUUGGAGACCAGGAUUCAUCUGGAAGCACCUGGCUCUCUGCUUUUGUGCUGAGAUGUUUCCUGCAGGCACGGCCAUUCAUCAGCAUCGAUUCCCACGUGCUGCACAGCACAGCAGCUUGGAUCGCCACGCAGCACGGGGAUGAUGGAAGCUUCUUGGAGCCCGGCAGGGUCAUCCACACCGAGCUCCAAGGAGGCCUGGACGGACCCAUUUCUCUCACGGCCUACGUCCUCAUUGCUCUGCUGGAAGACGCUGACAUCAGGGCUCAGUAUAAGAGCGAGGUGUCCGCGGCCCUGAUGUACCUGGAGACUCAUCUGGCCUUUGGUGUCUCCAGCAACUACAGCCUCAGUCUGCUCACCUACGCUCUGGUUCUGGGAGGGAGCUCCAGCGCUCAGUCGGCACUCGACGAUCUGAUUGGACGAGCUGACAUGAGAGACGGCGUGCCGAUGUGGCUCUCCCCGGACGACGGCCUGUCCCCGUCGUGGCAGCCUCGCUCUUCUGACAUUGAGAUGGCGUCCUACGUGCUGCUGUCUCAACACAAGCUGAACCUGGUCUCAGAGGGUCUAAGUCUCAUGAAGUGGCUCAGCCAGCAAAGGAACGACAGAGGAGGAUUUGGAAGCACUCAGGACACCGUUGUGGCCCUGCAGGCUUUGUCUACCUUCGCGGCUCUCAGAGAGACUCGUGACACUGACGUCACUAUCAGGGUGAACACCGACUCUUCAACCGCUGUCGCCUCCUUCCACAUCAACCAGGAGAACUACCUGCUCCAUCAGAGUCAGCAGAUUUCUCCAAAAGAAAAGUUAAUCCUCCAGGUGACACCCGAAGGUCAUGGACUCGCUUUGUUUCAGCUCAAUGUUUUCUACAACGUCAGGAGCGAGGCAAUGAGGAGGAGGCGGCGGCAGCGGGAAGUUGGCGAACGCGAAGCGUUCGAGUUGUACGUCGAGCUGGUCGACAGCGAUGUGAACUCUGCACAUCUGCACAUCUGCAGCAGCCUGGUGUCUGGUCUGGGCCUGAAUGCGACAGGGAUGGCCCUCAUGGAGGCGGGGCUUCUGAGCGGCUUUGGUCUGCUGCCGGACGGCAUCCAGACCGGCGGCGUGGUGAAAAAAGUGGAGACGCAGCCAGGGAAAGUCAUCCUGUACCUGGACUCGGUGACGACACAGGAAAUGUGCGUCCAGAUUCCUCUGAUUAUUGAGCAUAAAGUCGCCAAAGUCCAGGAAGCAACUGUCGUCCUCUAUGAUUACUACGAACCAAGGCGGAGGACGGUGAGGACGUACACGUCGGAGUGGAGGAGCAGCAUGUCCUCCUACCUGUUCUGCUCUGACAGCUACAGUCAGUGCAGAGGGAACCCCGAGGAUUACUACGAGCCGGGUGAAGUGGUCUUCAAUACAUCCAACAGCAGCCAUCACGUCCUGCGGGGCGGGUCGCUGCCCCUUCUGCUUCUCCUCUUCAUCGUCUGUGAUUUGUAA